GAACGGCAACCAGUCUCGUACACGUCCUGCUGGAGGAGGAGGAGGAAGAGGAGGAGGACUGUAGGGGGGAGAGGGGGUAAUGCAUGUAUAAAGAGAGGGAGGAGUGCCCAGGGAGUGUCAUUUCAAGCACCACUCCCGCAGAAGGCUGGGCCAGCAUCACCACAGGCAGGGAUGGAGGAGGCACUGAAAGAGUACACAUUACUAAAGAAAGACAAAAAGGAGGAGAGAGUAGGAGAAAGAGCUGAAGGAGGCGGUGAAGGAGGGAAGGGGAAGUCAACGAAGGUGGCGCAGGUGGCGGUGGUGGUGGGGGAGUCGAGGGGCGCGAGGCCUGAGGAAGGUAGCACUGCGCCCCUCCACAUCCCGUCACCCACUCAAGAUACAAAUGACACGACUCCUGGCCCGUCCUGCUGCAGCGCCCCCGCCAGGAUGCAUGCUACCCUCCUGAAGGUAUUGAGAGGCGUGUCGCUGGAGCCCAUGCUGUUCCUCAAGAUGAUGGCGGAAGGUAACUUCGGCGUGGUGGCGGACACGCUGGAGCAGGAGAGAGUGUGCCGCAUCAACCUCAACUUCUCCCAGGAGGAGUGUGCCGGCUGGAUCCACGACGCCAACCUCAGCUACGUCAAGGAGGCGGUGCAGCACAGACAGAACCUGUUCAACUACAACCAGAGCAUCAUGGACAGCGUGCUGCCCCUCGCCGUGGUGCUGUUCGCAGGCUCGCUCAGUGACCGACACGGCCGCAAGCCGCCCAUGCUGGCCGUGCUGGCGGGCUUCGUGGCGCUGGCGGCGGCCUACCUGGCUGAGGCACUCAAUCCUGAGUGGCCCGUGCAGGUGCUGUACGCCGGCACGCUGGCCGUGGACUUGAUGGGCUCCUGGGUGGUGUUCAACAUGGCCGUGUACAGCUACGUGGCGGACAUCUCCACACCGGAGACACGCACGCGGCGCCUGGCCAUCCUGGACGCCGUAUGGUACCUGGGGGGCCCGCUGGGCAGGCUGCUGGGCGGCUGGCUGUACCACCUGGCGGGCUACGCCGUGGUGUUUGCGGUGUCCGGUGCCCUGUGGCUGGUGUGCUUCCUGUACACCUUGCUGCUGGUGCGGGAGACCGUGGACAGGGCGACGCACAAACCAGAGAUGGAGCUGGACCUCGGUGACGCGCGGUGGGGACCGCUGCGGCACGUGGUAGCGCUGUGCCGCACCACGUUCAAGGCGCGACCCCGCCACGGCCGCCUGUACCUGCUGGUGAUCGUGGCGCUCAAGAUGGCGGUGUUCCUGGUACAGGGCCAUCUCAUGUACCAGUGGGCGCAGAAUGUGCUGCGGUGGGGCGCGGCGGAGUACUCCACGUGGAGCAGCGUGGACUCCGUGGUGCACCAGGUGGGCAUGGUGGCCUGGACGUGGGUGGCAGCGCGCUUGGCCCUGCACGACACCCUGGUGGCGGCUGGUGGCGUGGUGUCCAUCGCGCUGUGGUCCGCCAUCCUGGCCAGCAUCACACAGCCGCAGCUGUGGUGGAUAGCGGUGGUGGCUACGGUGGCGGGAAUGCUGGAGCCCUGCAUGGAGCCCGCGCUGCGCACGCUGCUCACCACCGAGGUUGGCGAGGGCGAGGCGGGCCGCGUGCUGGCACUAAUGGGCCUGGUGGAGGCAGCCUGGUUCCUCGCUGACCGCUCCAUCUACACUUUCCUCUACAACGCCUUCUUCACCGUGUUCCCGCAGAUCAACCUAGUGGUGCAGGCUGGCCUCUGUGUGCCCCUCCUGCUGGCGCUCCUCCUGCUGUGGCGCGCCCUCAGGAACAGAACAGCCAGUAGCUACGACCUCCCCCACCAGGAGUAACGUGGGUGGGGGACCGAUGCUGCAGGAGGAGGAGGACGAGGAGGAGGAGAAGGAGUAGGAGGAGGAGGAGGAAGAAGAAGAACACCCAUCCCUUCCCCUCUCCCACCCUCACUCCCCUCCCUCCUCCAGAAGUGACAAAGCACCUCAUACCCAACAAAUUCCCCUCACCUCCCUCCUCCUCCUCCUCCUCCUCCUCCUCCUCCUCCUCCUCCUCCUCCUCCCCUCCUUUC